AUGAGCGAAGGGCCGGCCGCGCCGCCGGGGGCCGCAGCGGCUGCCGAGGAGGGGGCGGCGGCGGCGGCGGCGGGGGGCCCGGCGGCGGGCGAUGGGGGCCCGGCGGCCGCCCGCGAGGUGCGCUGCAGCGACUGCAUCGUGUGGAACCGGCAGCAGACGUGGCUGUGCGUGGUGCCCCUCUUCAUCGGCUUCGUGGGCCUGGGGCUCAGCCUGAUGCUGCUCAAGUGGAUCGUGGUGGGCGCCGUGAAGGAGUACGUGCCCCCGCAGCUGAUGGACUCCAAAGGCAUCGAGCAGGACCCCUUCUUUCUCUCCAAGCCCUCCGCGCUGCCCAAGAGCAUGGAGACCACCACCACCACGACCGCCGCCGCGGCCGCCUCGUCCAGGACCCCCAACCGCAUCUCCACCCGCCUCACCACCAUGACCAGGGCGCCCACCCGCUUCCCGGGCACGCGGGGCCCCAUCCGGGCCAGCUCUCCGCGCUCCGCCACCCCGCGCCACCCCGCGGGGCCCCCCACCGCCCUGGCCCCCACCGCCCCCCUGGGCACCACCCUCCUGAUCUCCCGGCCGGCCCCUGGCACCCCGGGCACCCAGCCCCUGCCCCUCUGGCCCACUGCGGCAUACACUACCUCCUCCUACAAGACCUAUCUGCAGGACUCAGCCCCGUCCUGGACCUUAUCUCCUUUCCAAGAGGCCAGCAGCACCACCACCGCCGCGCCCGAGGCCAGCAGCAGCCCCAAGCACCAUACCACAACAUACUCCACUGAGCAAUCCGAGCACUUUAAGCCAUGCAAAGAUAAAGAUCUUGCAUACUGUCUGAAUGAUGGGGAAUGCUUUGUCAUCGAAACCUUAACAGGCUCCCACAAACACUGCCGGUGCAAAGAGGGCUACCAAGGCGUCCGCUGUGACCAAUUUUUGCCGAAAACCGACUCAAUCUUGUCAGAUCCAAGUCAUUUAGGAAUUGAAUUCAUGGAGAGCGAAGAGAUUUACCAGCGGCAGGUGCUGUCUAUUUCCUGUAUCGUCUUUGGCAUAGUCAUAGUGGGCAUGAUUUGUGCAGCGUUCUACUUCAAAACAAAGAAACAAGCAAAACAUAUUCAGGAACAGCUGAAAGAGAUGCAGAAUGGGAGAACCUACAGCCUUAACGCUCCUGGCAUCGUGGCAAAACCAGAGGCCAGGGCCCAAAGCCGAGUCCAGCUGCAAAAUUAUUCAAAGGCCAACAAGCCUUCAGAGCCGGUGAUGGGGAAAACCAUGGAAUCGACUUUUUCAGGAACUCCGUCCUUUCCCGAAUCCUUGUCUCCAGACAGAGGAAGCCAGCCUAUGAGGCCACACAGUCGAAGUCUCUCUUCAUGCUGCAGCCCAGGUCAACGAACUGGGAUCAUGCUCCAUAGGAAUGCCUUUCGGAGGACUCCGCCCUUACCUCGGGGCCGGUUCAGUGGAAUUACGGGACCAGCAUACCAACAGCUAGAAGAGUCUAGAAUUCCAGAUCAGGACAUGAUACCUUGUCAAGGAUUUUCAAGCUCAGGUUUGAAGACCCAGCAUAACGCUUCAAUAAAUAUGCAACUGCCUUCAAGAGAGAGAAGCUCUUAUUUCAAUGAUGUGGUUCAAAAGGACAUGGCUGGCUAUCCGUCUCCAAGAGCCAGUUCCGUUCCCAUCAUUCCCUCAGUGGGCUUGGAGGAAGCCUACAUGCAGACACAAAACGUUUCAGACCCCACAGGCCUCACGUGGUGCAAAAACUCCUAUUCCACUGAACUUGUCAACGUGAGUGCCCCCGCCAGAAGUUGUCUUAUUGCAGAACAACAAGAAGUAAAAAUAUUAUUAGAAACUGUCCAGAAGCAGAUCCGGAUCCUGACCGAUGCCAGGAGGUCAGAGGACUUGGAACUGGCGAGUGCUGACACGGAGAACAGCACCAGUGAAAACACAGCUUUUCUGCCUAUGAGCCCCUUGGCAAAACUGGAGCGAGAGGCACAAUUUGUCUUAAAAAGUGAAACGCAAAGAGACUCAACAUUGAUUAAGUGA